UGGACAUUCCACUUCUACGGCACAUCACCAUCCAAACCAUUACUUCGAAAAUGCAUGUGACAUUCCCCGCCCUUAUGGCCGUUGCCACCUUGGCCAGCCGCGCCGCGGCCGUCGACGUCGGUCUUAUGGUCGACCAGAAUUGUGCGGGCGUGGCUGUCUUUUGCACCGGGGUCAACCCAAACACCUGCUGCGCCGACGGCAGGGAUUUCUGGGGCGCGAAGCUGCAGUACAUACCUAAGGAAUGGAACCUUGAGUUGCGGGCGCACAGAAGGGACAGCAGUUUAUGCGGCCCUAUUGUUGAGAUCGGGGAAAGCCGUGGCUCAGUCGCCAUGUGUCGCCCUAGCGCCUCUAAACAGGUGACCGGCUCGGGGUAUAGUUUCCGUAACUGGAAGCGGGAGGACGAGGUGGCAGAGACUGUGGGCGCCGAUACCAAUGGGCCGUGCCAGCGGCCUGAUCUCCUCCGCCUUGGCGACGGUACCGAGUAUAAUCUCACGGAGCUGUCAGAUGAGCAGUACAAUGAAGUGCUCGAGGUCAGCAUUGCCGAUGGAGGAGUCACCAACGAGGUCCCGGAGUACAUGGCGAAGUACCGCCACUAGAGGGCUGACAGCGUCCUUCCUAUUGGCAUCAUGACUGCCGACUCGAGGCUAUAAUGGACAUACCGAAAUACGAAAGUACGGGAGAGCAGAGGACAGAUCAGAUAGAGCUAUCAUUCCUCG